AUGACGUCUAGCAAUCCGAAUGCGCACCAGGGCAGCCCGCCUCCGCAGCCUGCGCUGCCCAACACGCCCGCGUCGCCGCCGAACAAACGCGAUCUCAAGUCGUGGUGGAAGAACUUCAAGCUGCCCACCAAGCACCAGGAAUCGUCUCCGCAGGAAAACCGCGGCCCGGGCAUUUUUGGAGUCCCUCUCCGACAGAGUAUAACAUACGCAAACGUUGCCAUCUCUCUUGUUGACGAGAAUGGCAAAAGCUACAUCUAUGGCUACGUUCCCAUUGUCGUCGCCAAGUGUGGCGUCUUCUUGAAAGAAAAAGCUACCGGUGUUGAAGGCAUCUUUCGAUUGAAUGGGUCUGAGAAACGAAUCAAGGAGCUCAAGACGAUAUUCGAUUCGCCUGAUCGAUAUGGCAAGGGACUCGUCUGGGACGGAUACACCGUCCACGAUGCCGCCACCGUACUCCGAAGAUAUCUCAACGACUUGCCCGAGCCUGUAGUGCCUCUAGAUCUGUACGAGAAAUUCCGCGAUCCCCUUCGAGGGGCUACAAAGCAGGCAGUCGGCGAUACAGACGGUCCUCAAUUCGUUGAAAACUUUGACGAGAGGGGAGCCAUCAUCAAGUACCAAAAGGUAAUUACCGAAUUGCCCCCGCUUAACAAACAGCUGCUUCUUUACAUCCUGGAUCUACUGGCUGUCUUUGCUGCCAAAUCCGACGAGAACCGCAUGAACUCUCAGAACUUGGCGGCCAUUUUUCAACCCGGCAUGCUGUCUCACCCCUCUCAUGCAAUGGCUCCGGAGGAGUACCGCCUGAACCAAUGUGUCAUCAUCUUCCUCAUUGAGAACCAAGACCAUUUCCUUAUUGGUAUGCAAGGCACUGAGGCAGAUGAGACAACGAUGCAGCAGGUGGCCUCCGGGCCUUCCAACGGACCCCGUACGCCAAACCCGGAUAGGAGCUCGGGCCUGGGGAGAACGGCCUCCAACGCCAGUGCCGGCGCUGAGAACGUUCGAAAGGAUGGCAUGAUUCGACGGAACCGAUCUGUCUCCUCCAGACAUUCAAGGGUCGACGGCGCAGCCACUCCUAACAGUCCGGCCCUGGCAGCAACGCCCACUGGCGGUGGUUUAGCUAGGAGCAACACCGUGCCAUCCAAGAAAUCUCCAGCUUUGGUAGGGGGAAAGUUCAAGAAGACUGAGAGCCCUGCUCGCGCGCCGCAUUCCCCGGCAUUAGAACCCUUGACACCAGCUCACCCACCUGCGGAGACCAAGCUGGAGGUACCCCCACGAUCUUCCACGCCGAACGAAAUACAUAGGACGUUUGAUGAAAUGCAUCUUUCCCCAGAUCGUUUGUUAUCACCUGGUAGGAGCCAGGAGAGAUUGCUGGACUCGCACGAACCCUCCACGCCAUCGAAACAUCACCAUCAGAAUCUACAGAAGCUGGAACAACUGUUCCACAACGAUAAACGGCAGCCGAACAAGCUGAAAAAGAAGCGGAUACCAGGUACAGAAUCUGGGAACCCCUUGGAAGCGGCACCGGCUUUUGCACAGCCCGUAGCACAGCCUCAGUUCCGCACGACUGCCAUUCCUCAUUCAGUGCCCCAGCCGUCGCCUUUUGCUUCGGCGCCCUCUGUGGAGACUCAAAAGCAACCGGAUUUACAUCACCAGCACUCGACCCCUGUGAUUCACCAGAAUCACGCUGAUCACCACCACAAUCACUCAGUUUCUCAUUAUCAAGAGCAGCUGCGACCUGAGGAUAUCUCACGGGGGAAGAAGUCCCCCCCUGCUUCGGUUAACUCAUCUUUCAACGACGGCUCGGACUUUGAACAAGUAGCUCACGAGACCCCAUUGCCAGCAAUUGUCGAGACGGCCGAUAAAGAAAAGAAGAGCCGAUGGAGAUUGUCGAGGCCCACCAAGAAAGAUGACUCUGCAAGUGGACCGGGCAGUCCCAGGGCAUCGCCACCGCAGUUUAACAUAGGCUCAAACAAUAACGCAGAUAUUAGCACCACCUCGAUUGGAAGCGCCAUUGCUAUGCCCCGCAAGAGUUUUACUGGCGAAAGCUCAGAGCAUCUACCCAGUGGCAGUGAUCGCGCGUACACGUACGAAAGCUCCCGGGAUGAUGAUAAGGACGCAAAAGGCCCGAUUGGUUGGAUAAAGCACAAGUAUCGAGAGGCCAAAGAGAAUGCCGACCAGAAGCGAACCAAGUCUCCGCCUCCUCCAGACCACCAUCAAGGAUUUGGCCCAAGUCUGAUGGCGUCACGCGGCAAGAGCUUAGAUAUAAACCGAGACCUAUCUCGAGAGGAAAAAGACAGGAUAAAUGCCCCACCAGAGGCGUACAGAAAGCUUGGCCAGACAGAGGCAGUUCAGAGAGAGCCCGCUCAGGGCAUGACAAUCCACAGGGUCAUUAGCGAUACGGAGAAGGCACCGGCAGAACCCAUUGCUCAGAGGGGCGUAACACUCGUUGACGCCCCCAUGGAAGAGGCUCCCGAGACGACCGCCCAACCGAAGACCCAGGUUCCAACGAAUCCUCCCUCUGAGGCGGUGCCACCUGUGGAACAGUCAUCGACAUCUGCUGUAGAUAAAGAGCAGGAGGGAAAACAAGCAUAG